AUGGCGGACGCGGCGGUGACAACUGUAAACCUCAAGAAAUUGAAGGUAUUUUCACCUAUCUUUCGCUAAUAGUGGUUGAUCCCGCAGGAGAGAAUACGUAGUAGGUAUUAGUUUUAAUACAGGCGAAGAUAGCGGUCAAUCUGACUGAUCGGUUGCAGGUAACAGUGCGAUUCAAGGAAAGCUGUUGUGAAAUUUUAGUCGACGAUAAACAACAAAGUAAUGUUUGUUGUACGCAAAAUGAGUUUUACUGAUCCUUCGGUGAUUUUAACAAGUAUUUUCCUGAUGAAGGACGGGUUCAAGCGAGUACAAAAGUGAAAAUCCUGUCAAGAUCUCUUAUGUACUUGAACGAUUUAUUAACUAACAUAUUUUCUGGGUAUGAAGCGAUGUUUUCAGUUCAACGACCUCCAGUAAAAUGAGUAAUGCAUAAAAAUAAUUUGUUGUGGUGUUUAAAGGUAGCUGAGUUAAAGAAAGAGCUUGCAGACCGUGGCCUUCCUACAAAAGGCAAUAAAAGUGAUCUACUGGCAAGAUUAGAGAAAUGCCUUUCCGAGCAAGGUGAGACGAUUGCUAUUCUUAAACUGCUGGAUUGCCAAGAGUUAGUGCUUUUUCAUUUCUGAAUAAGUUGUAGCUCAAGCAGGUACUAUAAAAGGGGCCAGAAAAAAAAAACAACAACAUUGUUUGGCGUGACUCUUAACUGUGAUCGAUCUCAUGAUAGGGGGAUUGCUAUGUUCAGGGUGCAAAGAAAAUCAUUUUUACAGCUUGCCAUUCGGGCAAGCUGAAGCUCGCAUUUACUAGCCCAGACAUCAUUUCAACUAGCUCCAAAAAGCUUUUUGACGAGCAGAAUUGAUUUCACAGUUCUUCUGUUAUUCGAAUUGCUCAAAAAAGAUCCCAGAACUCACUAGCCCGAUAUCAAAAUCCACUAGUCCCGGGCUAUCGGACAGUACAUUCUUUGCACACUGAAACAUAACUAUGUCUUCUGUUAACAACUGCAGCUGUAUAUAAAUAAAUGUAUUUGUCAGUUCCUCUUUUUAUCUUUUCAAUGGUUAGGUGUGGUUGUAAGCCAAGAUGAGAAUGAAGAGAUCACUGAUGAUCAUGAUGUAGAAGAUGAACUGGACAAUGAUGCUGAUGACUUAGAUGAUGUUGAUGAUGGAGAGGAUGUGUCAGAACAUUUGGUCACAGAGGACUCCGAAGAAGAAGCCAAAGAAAAUAAGGCAACCAAGGUGAGCUGUUUCAAGAUGAAAAAUGUUCAUCAUGCCAGGAAAAUGUGACAAGGAAAAAUUUUAGUCCUUGAUUGGAGCUGCAACAAUGCCAAUAUCCAGUUACAUGUACAUCUUGACCUCACAAUAUUGGUCAAAAUAAUAUUAUUUAUAUGGCUAUUUUGACAAGCAAAUUCUGUCUUCUGAUUGGCUACUGGAGCAGACAACAUGGACCUUGUAUCUUGAUUGCUCAGGAUAACCUUCAUAGUUUCUGCCAAAAAAAUAUUCUGUAAAGAUUUUGUUGUCAUUUCACAUUGUGACUUAUGUUCUUCUACUAUCCAGGAAACUGUAGAGGUAGAAAAACAAGAAGAACCUGUUCGUCCUGUGUAAGUACAGUAUAUACACUUGAUAUCAAUACUAUGUAAAUUUGUUUUCUGUUAAAUUAAUGCUUAAUAAUAAGGCACACACAGGUACAGGCAACAGAGAAUUUUCAGAUUUUACAUAAUGUGAUAAGGUAUUUUUCUAUCAAUGAUAACCGUAAAUAUUAGUUGAUUGCUCCAUGCCAGAAGGCUAAUGUACUCACAAGUGAAAUAAAUAAAUGAAUAAAUAAAACAUAAAUAAAUAAAGAUUUAGAGGUAUGAUUCCUGGUCAAAUUGGAAUUUGGAAUGUUGGUUUUUGAAGAGGGGGCAAGCCAGAGUACCCAGAGAAAAACCUCUCGGAACAAGUUUAGUAUUUUUUUUAUCUUGGAAGUUGUCUAAGGAAGUACUGUAUUUCUUUUACUUGAAAUCCCCAUUAACAUGAACAAGUUCUGUUAAAAGAUAAAGAUUUUUCAUUUACGUAGCUCUCAAACAAUAUAAAUCUUCUAAAGCGCUCAAAACUAAAGAGAACUGACAAACAUGAGCAUACGACAAAAAGUACACCCAGAGAAAAUAGAAAUAAAACACCGCAAUCAUUGGACAACAAAAUUAUAUACUGUGCAAGAAAUGAUUCAUUGGACAAAUGCCAAAUGAAAUCAAACAGUCUUAAGAGCCUACUUAAAACCCUGAACAUUCCAUAUACUUCUGAUAGCUACAGGUACAGGAAGAAUGUUCCACAGUGAGGGGUUGACACAAGAGAAGGCCCUGUCCUGGAGGGUCUUCCUAGCACUUAUGUUGUCACCACAGUGUGCAUAUUAGACUGUUCACAGUCUCCUAUUUUUUCCAUAACGUCAUGAAGGUCAGGCCUUUAUCGUUAUGGGCUGCCAUCUUGAUUUUUAUUGUACUUAGGGUUUAGGCUUCAAGAUUUUUAGUGGUGGGGAGUGGAAGGGGGGGAGAGAUGAGAGAAAUAGGGCAAGAAAAAGAAAGAAAUCACUUCCUCCCACCCCGCUAAGUAGAGGUGAUGUUAAUACUCACACCCAGGCUAGAGUGAGUAUAUUUGAAAUGAAGAUGGCUGCUCGUAAGCCACUUGAUCCCAAUGAUCUUAUGGAAUAAAGAAGACUGUCAACAGUCUUUGUUCGUGUAGCAUUACACUGCUCAUUUUGAAAGCUUUUCUGAGAGUAUUUCUAAUUUUUUUUUGUUUUCCCAUUUCCCAGUAAAAGGGUACCUGUCACACCUCCAGAAAAGAAGCCUGGUGAAGUAAAACUGACAGAUGAACAGGUGAAUGCAUUAUUUCAUGUUAUUUGACCCUUUAGCCAAUGAUUAUAAUGUGGCUAGUUUGUGUGGCUUGUGCAUAUCACAUUCCGCAGGUUGAUAAAUUAUUUAGCCACACAGUUUCCCUUCAAUUUAAAAGAUAAUUUUGUAAAGACAUCUGGGCUAGGAGACACUUUUGGUACUGUUUAUUUGUCUGUAGCAUGGUGACCUGUACUCUGACCUGUGGAACGUGACCUGUAUUUUAGACUCACCACUCAUGUUUUUACCAGUCAACGGGUCGGUUUAUUUAACUGUAAGGUUUGGUACAACGGUGCGAUUACAAGAGGAUAUUUGCCGCUAAUCACCUGACCAUUUUCUAACCAUACCCAGCAGGGCUUAAUUUAAGUGGCACAUCGAGUUUCGUGAGGGCUUCAAUGCAAAACAUGUAUUUGAAAUUAAUUUUUUAAACAGCUAUAACUCACAGAUAACAAUUUUUGUUUCAUAAUAGAAAAAGGCCCAGAGACUGGCAAGAUUUGGUCAGUCUUCCCCAUCAACAGAAGCUGAUAAAAAACAGGCUCGAGCCCAGAGGUAUGUUAGUACAUGUAAAUCUGCUUAAGCUUGGUGAAUGUGUGUGACAGGGACAUGGUGAAGUUGAGUUAUGAGCCCACGCAUGCUAGUGCAUGGCAAGGUGAAUUUUGUUAAAAGCGUUACUCAAUCAUACAGUACAUGUGCCCUUUGACAAGAAACGUUUUGCUCUGCAAUGUUUUUCAUGACCCAGGUGUAAAAAGUGGUAGCAGUCACAAAAAAUAUGCUCUAAAAUGAAUAGGUCAUGAUAGCUUGGUCACAAGCAGUUUCAGUUAAGGUUCCAAAUGCCUUACAAGCUUGAAUUUUAUUAGACUUUCUUUUUUCUCAGCCGUAAAAGUUGUGUCUAUAAACAGGAUGAUCUUCUGUACAUAAUUUUACCUCAGGUUUAAACAGAUAGUUUUCAGUUGUUGUUACUUUUUUCAGGUUUGGUUUAUCCAGUCCUACAAGUAAUGGAUCCAAAACUAGUUCUCCAAUUGUUUCACCAAAGGUAAUUGUCAUUAAGUUCCUGUUGUCACGAAAGAAUAGGCCCUUCAUAACUCAGCAUGUUUCUUCUUCCGUAUUUCCUCGAAUAAUGGCAGGGGGCGAUUAUUACUUUUUUUCGCACAGAAAGGGAGCAAUUAUUUGAGGGAGGCGAUUAUAUCAAAUAUUGGAAGUUGUGCCCUUAAUAUUUUGUUUUAUUAUACAGACAGGAGUGUUUUACUGAAAAAUAUACCACUUGUAAAAUUCAUAAAAACUACAUCCGGGACCCGAGUGGUUUAUUUUCCAUAAUCUCACUUGUGAGUUUAUUGAUGACGUAAUUUCGAUAAUUUCCAUCAAUUUUUUUAUCAACGUCUUUUUGUCUAUAUAAUAAAAAGAACAUUACAUGGCAGAUUGAAAAUAUGAAUUUUAUUUUCCCAUGGCAAAAACAAAAUUUAACUCACUCGCUGUGCUCAUUCAUUAAAUAUUGUUUUGCCACUUGAAAGUAAAAUUCAUAUCUUCGUCCCACCGUGUAUUUAUUUAGUUUAUUAUCCCAUUAAAUAAAAAAAAUGAUCACAUCAAAAUAAUAAACUGAACAUGGGUUUUUGGGUGUUCCAAAUUUUGGUUCCUUGAGAAAUUUUCAAUGUCAAUAUCCUCAGCAUCACCGCUUGGAUCAUUACUGAUCAAUAUUCUGCUGAAUCACAAACUUGACAGCAAGGGGAUAAAAGAUUGAGAAGAUGAUGAGAGGGGUGGGGGGAGGCAAUAAAUUAUUAGAAGGAGGCAAUUAUUUUAAACAUUUCUGUCUAUGGAUUUUUUUUCGUGCUUUUGUAUUUUGUAAGGUCAGCAAUUAUUUGAGGGAGGCAAUUAAUAGAGGGAUGGCUGUUAUUCAUGGAAAUAAGUUAUUUCAUUUUUCUAAUCCCAGGGCAUGGAUGUUGAAAAACUUAAACAGAGAGCUGAGAGAUUUGGUGCAAUUUCUCCUGUGGUGACCAAGGUACUCAUGGCUCAAAUGAAACACUAUUUUUGUUGUUUUCUAUUGGUUUUUUGCGUCUUGCGCAAAAACCUUUUAUACAUGAUGUAGUAAUCCCCAGCUAUAUAUAUAUAUUUUUUGAUUCACAGCUUGAAGAGAAAGAUAAAUUACUGAAGAGGAAACAAAGAUUUGGUGUCACUGUAUCUGCAUCUCCAUCAACAGAUGCUGAUGUAAGUUUUGUGUCGCUACGGCGACUAUGUCAUGCCAUUUUCUAUCAUUUUAGAGAGCUAAAAAUGAAAUGUGUCUGUACAUCAAUUGAAUUCCAAAACUGAUGUUACAGUUUUGUUAAGACUAUUAUUAUUUUAGAUAUUAAACCUGUUUCCUGUUGUUUGUUGCUAUGGAUGAAAAGGAUGGACGUGGAUUGAAACUUGAAAAAAUUGGGCCAAGUUUUCAUACUACGCCUGCAAAAAUCACCAAAAAAGCAUAAAGUUGCUGCUCUCUGAUGAAAUUUGUCUGAUUUCUUCUUUAUAACUGUACACAAUCAUUUUGUGUAUGAGUAAAUGCACUAAUUAAUGACUUCAGCACAGAAAUAUCCUCGUCACCUAGCCCCUUAAAGGAGCUGUGUCACGAAAUUCUGCCAAAUUAGGAAAUUACAAAAUGCCCGUUAAAUUAGGAGAAACAUAAAAAUAACCUUUUAAAACAUUAAAGGAAGGUUAAAAUAACACAACAGAAACAGCAGGAGCCACGGAUGGGCAAAACUGAAGAAGAUUGAAACGGAUUGAAAUUAGGGUUUUUGAAAACUGUUCAGCCUAACAGUCUUUCAAAGUUGAUCCCUACUGCUUGCAACUUCAAAAAUAAUGCUCAGGAGACAUAUUUGUUUGUCUUGGAUCUCACAUUUUGUCAUUUACAUGAAAUUUCUUUGCUUACUUUAAGUUUCAUAGCGAUUGAGGGCGAGUAAUUUGCAAAAUUAGGCAAAAUGAACUGUACUGCCAUGACACAGCCCCUUGAAACAGUCAUUUAAACUCAUCUUGACAAUAGAUGAGCUUGGGGAUGGUGGAACCACAAGUACAAGAACCGACAAGUACGAUAACCUUGACAACCCUGUGAGCGACAACCACCAGGCACCGUCACACUGAAAAACAGCGGAACAAUAAUACUUACCUCAUGCUUACCACAGAGAAGUAGGCAGGGCAGGGAGUCAAGUUGUUGAGCACAAACGAAAACAGGCACAGCACACGUGAGAUUGAGUUGACCUGAACAACGUUGUUGUAAAACCACGUGACCCACUGCAGACCCCUGACCACUCCGCAUGCUCGCCACAGGGGAGGCCGCCGAUCAGCGUUGUUUCGCGUUUAACUUAGGUUUAAGUACACAAACCUGUUGUUACGUAACUAUUUUAUCGUAAACUCUUUGUAUUGUUGCUAAGAAACGUUUAUUCUGUUCUUAUUUCUAGGCCAAAAAGAAAAAGAGAGCUGAAAGAUUUGGGCUGUGA